GCACAGAGCAGUGCGUUCAAGCCAACCCGGCCUUACCUUCUUGAUAUUUCAACGAACGAAAUAUUGGGUUUAAAACUUACGGACGCUCAAGGGGCAAGCUAACUCUGGGCUACAAGUUAAAAUAUUAAUAAUAAUAAUAAUAACAACACACUACCGAAAAAUGGAGCUGUCGGAUAUUCCGUUUCCCAUCCCCUCAGCCGAUGAUUUCUAUGAUGACCCCUGCUUUAACACCAGCGACAUGCAUUUCUUUGAAGACCUGGACCCCAGGUUAGUGCACGUCAGCUUGCUCAAGUCGGACGAACACAACCACAUGGAGGACGAGCACAUCCGGGCGCCGAGUGGACACCACCAAGCAGGCAGGUGUCUCCUGUGGGCGUGUAAGGCAUGCAAACGGAAAACAACCAACGCAGACCGGCGCAAAGCCGCAACUAUGAGAGAGAGGAGACGCCUGAGCAAGGUCAACGAUGCUUUCGAAACUCUAAAGAGGUGCACAUCUACUAACCCUAACCAGAGGCUUCCUAAGGUGGAAAUCCUGAGAAACGCCAUCAGUUACAUUGAGUCUCUCCAGGCCUUACUCAGAAGCCAAGAAGAGAACUACUACCCGGUUCUGGAGCAAUACAGCGGUGAUUCAGAUGCCUCCAGUCCCAGGUCCAACUGCUCAGAUGGCAUGAUGGAUUUUAAUGGUCCUGCUCGCUCGUCCGGGAGAAGAAACAGCUAUGACAACUCGUACUUCAACGAAACUCCAAAUGCAGAUGUGAGAAGUAACAAGAACCCGGUGGUGUCGAGUUUAGACUGUUUAUCCAGUAUUGUGGAGCGCAUCUCCACCGAGUCUCCCGCCGCACCCUCGCUUCCUGCGGCUGAGCUGUGCGAGGGGAUCACCGGCUCUCCGCCUGAGAUAAGCGCGCCCUCCCCGAAUAAUACCUGCAGCCCCUCCGGCCCGACCCACGACCCCAUCUAUCAAGUGCUCUGAACAGAAAAGAGAAACACAUCCAUACCGACAUCAACAUUUCAGAGAGCGCGAGGGACGUUGUUAACCAGCCACCAUUAACGAGGACUACUACUCUUUUCAUGAACUGAGAAGAAAAAAAAAACUACAACCAAACUGUUCAAGAAUUUGGAGAACGGAUUUUUUUGUCUUUCUUUCUUUAUUUCUUUCUUUAAAAUGUCAAAUUCCAUUAUGAUCGUGGCUCUGCAGAAGUCAGUUUCUUAACUAAGCUUAUUUAUAUAACAAUGUCAAUGUUGCCAUAUGUGACCAUAUUUUCCCUCUUCUCAUUUCUUUCUUUCUUUCUUUCUUUCUUUCUUUCUUUCUUUCUUUCUUUCUUUCUUUCUUUCUUUCUUUCUUUCUUUCCUUCCUUCUUUCUUUCUUGCUUUAUUUCAGACUACGUUCUGUCACUUUCAUAUUUUAUUAUUUCCUAAUUAUUUACGGAGAAUAACCACUGCAGAUAUGAAAAUUAGAGGACCAUUUUUGUACAUGUGUAUAUAAGAGCUGUUUUGUUAAAAAAGAAAAAAGAAAAAAAGAAACGAACAAACACAAUUGUGUAACAUAAUUUAAUAUUGCCUGUUUGAGACGUUUGUUGUGUCCAGCGUUAAACUUUAUAUUUAUACAUCUUCAAUGAGUGAAUGUCGAAUAAAUAAAGAUAUGAAUUAUUUAUACACAGA